UGUUCCCCGCCCCCCUCCCGGGCCGCCGCCGCCACCCGCCUAUAAAAACCGGCCGAGCCCCGAAAGGUGCGGAUGCUUCUCACCGAGCGACGCGGCAUCAGCGCCCGGGACCCGGCUUUCCACGGCGGCGUUUCGGGGUCGGCUCCUCCAGGAACCCCAGCUACGCUCUGAGAGCCGAGGGAGAGAGGACCCUGCGAAGGCAGCGACUGUGCCCCGGGGCCAUGGACUCGGACGCCAGCCUGGUGUCCAGCCGCCCGUCGUCGCCGGAACCCGAUGACCUUUUCCUGCCGGCCCGGAGCAAGGGCAGCAGCGGCGGCGGCUUCACGGGGGGCACUGUGUCCUCGUCCACGCCGAGCGACUGCCCGCCGGAGCUGAGCGCCGAGCUGCGCGGAGCCAUGGGCGCGGCGGGUGCGCACCCCGGGGACAAGCUGGGCGGCGGCGGCGGCUUCAAGUCCUCCUCGUCCAGCACCUCGUCAUCCACGUCGGCGGCGGCCGCGUCGUCCACCAAGAAAGACAAGAAACAGAUGACCGAGCCGGAGCUGCAGCAGCUGCGGCUGAAAAUCAACAGCCGCGAGCGCAAGCGCAUGCACGACCUCAACAUCGCCAUGGACGGGCUGCGCGAGGUCAUGCCGUACGCGCACGGCCCGUCGGUGCGCAAGCUCUCCAAAAUCGCCACGCUGCUGCUGGCGCGUAACUACAUCCUCAUGCUCACCAACUCGCUGGAGGAGAUGAAGCGCCUGGUGAGCGAAAUCUACGGCGGCCACCACGCCGGCUUCCACCCGUCGGCCUGCGGUGGCCUGGCGCACUCGGCGCCGCUGCCCGCCGCCACCGCACACCCGGCGGCCGCAGCGCACGCGGCGCACCACCCGGCGGUCCACCACCCCAUCCUGCCACCUGCCGCGGCCGCCGCUGCCGCCGCCGCCGCGGCCGCCGCCGUAUCCAGCGCGUCUCUGCCUGGCUCCGGGCUGUCGUCGGUCGGCUCUAUCCGGCCCCCGCACGGCCUGCUCAAGUCUCCGUCGGCCGCCGCCGCCGCCGCCGCCCCGCUGGGGGGUGGUGGCGGCGGCGGCGGGGGCAGCGGGGGCUUCCAGCACUGGGGCGGCAUGCCGUGCCCCUGCAGCAUGUGCCAGGGGCCCCCGCACCACCACGUGUCGGCCAUGAGCGCGGGCAUCCUCCGCGCCUCGCCUCGGACGCCAAUGGCUCAGAGUGUGGACGUGGUAGGCAUCGAGCACCUGGGAGACAACGAGUCUUCCUCGGGCUCCGCCAGAGGUCUGAGCUUUUAG